CGCAGCUACGGAAGCUUUGGCGUUUACCCAGAUAACAAGCUAGCUUGCUGAAAAUGGCCAGCUGGGGAAGGCUCGCUGCGGUGCUGAGGAAUGUUUGGAGGAGCCCUCGGUCUCUGAAGGGUUUAUCCCUGCGCCGUGCUGUCGGCCCGGGGCUUUUUGGGUGUCUAGUGGGAACUGGUGUUGUCGGUUAUUACCAGUACUGUGCAAACAACAGGACUCUGCCCUUCGCCGUUCAUGCUGAGGAGCAAAAAGAGGCCGCAGCUCCACAGCUGUCUGCCAGGAAGGUUCGUUUCAUCCAGUUCGCCUCAGUGGUUUACGAACAGGAGCCCUACAUGACCCCCAGAGACUUCCUCUUCUCUGUCAUGCUGGAGAACGUUGACCGAAAACUGCAGAAGAAAGCUUUAACGACACAGGAAGUUAACAAAAUGUUGGCGUCUGCCCCUAAAGCUCGGGCUGGUAACGACCUGUUCAGAACACUAGGAGACAAUGGUUUGAUAUCCUACACAGAGUAUCUGUUCCUGCUGACUAUCCUGACCAAGCCCCGUAUAGGAUUUCAUAUAGCUUUCAAAAUGCUUGAUGUUGACGGCAAUGAGCAUGUGGACAAAAAGGAAUUUCUCAAGCUGAAGAAAAUCCUUGGAAAAAGUAAAAUGAGAGUUCCUAAGGACAGCACAGAGACUCCAGUGGAAGAAGGGGAAGGUGUGAACACGACGCUGCAGGCCUACUUCUUUGGAAAGAAAGGAGAAAACAAGUUGCAGUAUCAGGAUUUCCGCAGGUUCAUGGAGGACCUGCAGGCUGAGGUCCAGGAGAUGGAGUUCCUGCAGUUCUCCAAAGGUAUGGGCACCAUGCGAAGGGAGGACUUUGCUGAGUGGCUGCUACACUACACCAACGAAGAAGACAAUGAAGUUUACUGGGAAAACAUGAGGAAGAGGAUUCCUGCUGGCCAGAGUAUCACAUUUGAUGAGUUCAAAGCCUUCUAUCUCUUCACCAACAAUCUGGAGGACUUUGCCUUUUCAAUGAAGCUAGUGACUGGAGCCAACCGUCCUGUUGGAAUGGCCCAGUUCAAGCGAGCUGUGAGUAUCGCCACGGGCCACAAUCUGUCUGAGAGUGUGUUGGACACUGUAUUUAAACUCUUCGAUAUGGACGGAGACAACUGCCUGAGCCAUAAGGAGUUCAUGGGAGUGAUGAACGACAGAGUCCUGCGAGGGCUGAAGGUGCAGCAUCAGAACGGCUUCUCUGGCUACUGGAAAUGUGUGAAGAGAGAGACCCUGAAGGCAGCACAGGAGGCCCUGGGGGACAGCGGGUGCCCUAUCUGAGCCAUGUGAUGUUCCAGGACCCGUCACACCACCACUUACCCUGAUAUCUUUUAAUUGAAUAAGUGGAGUGACUGUCACCCCAGUUACACCUGGUAUUAAAAUGUGAUCCGUAUCCGGACACAUUAUCCAGAUAAUAACGAUCCGGUGUUGCCUUUGCAUUUCCACCGGAUGUUUCUAAUGCGUUAUCUUCAUUGAGAUCUGUUUAUCUACAACAAAUUCUUAAUUAUUUGCCCUUCCCCUUGUAAUCUGUUAACAGCAGAUCAGCUGCACAGAUAAUUGCAAGUUAUGUCUUACUGUUCAUUUUCCUUUUAUGUUUCAUGCAGUUUUGUUGAAUAACGCAUCUUUUGGGCCUCCUGGCACAGAAUAGAUGUGUAAUCCAUAAUCAGAGCUGUGUCUCUCCAUAAAUUUGAACAACCUAUAUUUUAUGUUAAAACAAAUAUCUGUAUUCGUUAAGUUGUGUACAGAAUAUGUUUAGACCUACCUAAGGUAAUGUGUGAAAAUAAUGAGCCAGACCACAUCCUGAUGUGAUCAGGCAGAUCUGAUCAUGACGCAUUUACACCUUGCAUUAAUGUGCGUUUGUAAUUGAUCUGAAUAAUGUGUCUGGAUACAGCUCACAUUUUAAGACCAGGUGUAAGGUUAGAAAUGGAACCACAUGUAAAGACAAAGGAUUUACGCCACUGUUGUGUACAUGUUUACAGAUCAACAAUGUAUUGUUUGAUAUUAGCUUAUUAGUAGGGUUGUGGUGUAAACAAUAUAUAUUUUUGUAUGUUUUGGUGCAGUGUACUUAAUCAAGUCGUGUAUUUUAUAUUUAGAAUGGGUGAUGACAAAUUAAUUUUGCACUCCACAAGCAGUGUUUACAAAACUGUGGUUCAAGGGAUAAGAUGCUAAUUCUGUGCAUAUUGAUGCAUUUCCAAGGGCUUAUACAAUAUCUAGUGUGGGUUUUUCAUGUUUUUGUCAAAAUAAUUUUAUAAAAAUGUCAGUUUCAACAAUGUGCUAUACAUUUGAGGUUGAUAGAAUAAACGAGCUAUAACUAAUGA